AUGGAGCUGCUCGAGGAAGUGGCCGGCAAGGCGACGGCUCUGAACGAACGUAUUUCGGCCGUCAAGUACGGGGAAAAGGACGCCAUCGCAUUUCGAGGGGUCUUGACGGAGGCGUCGCUCAUCGUCAAGAACCUUGAUUCCGCCACCAGCAAUCUCGCCGACGCCGUGCGCGGCGGCCCGAACAACAUCGACCGUAAGGAGCUCAACGAAGCAAUCGCAGCCGUCGGAUUCGCUCAGUCGAGCGAAAACUACCUCGAGAUUACCUUGCAGGCAAAUUUCCGCACCGUCAGCGCGAAGACGAUCGGGCAACUCCAGACGGUCGCUGCUGCCCUGGCUGACGAUCUUAAAGCCGUUCGAGCCGUCCUCCUUGAUCUCAAGAAUAUUAAGAUCGAGCGCGCCUUUUCCGCUGCGCUCUCGACCGAUCAGUAUCAGCCACCUGGCGAGGCUUUCGACCGGCACCAAUCCUUGACCGAGGUGUUUCAAUCCCAGCUCGCUAGUGCCAGUAACGGGGAUAAGAAGAAGCCGACGCCGAAAUCGAAGGUAGACGUGAAGGGGAGGCCGGUGGGUCACCACCCGCCAGGCGUGGGCGGUAAGGGAGGGAAGAACGUUGGGAGGUACGAGCCAGAUAAGGGACACCAUCCGAAGGGAACGGGUGGCCAUAAGAACCAGAAGACCAUUAAGAGUGGCAGUGCCCAGGGCAGUCAAGUAACCUCAAAGAGCCCGCCUAGGAGCCCCGCUAAGAGUCCCGCUAAAAGUCCCGCAAAGAGUCCCGCUAAGAGUCCCGCAAAGAGCCCCGCCAAGAGUCCCGCUAAGAGUCCCGUGAAGGCUCCUAUUCGGGCGAAUACCGGGUACAGAGCAGUCCGAACAGCGUCUGUAAAGGCGGAUAAGACUGUCGCGCAAGACGGCAGCGGCGACUAUAAGAAGCUACAGGACGCUGUCAAUGCGGUGUCGGACAAUUCCGUGAUUUAUAUCAAGGCUGGAGUGUACAACGAGAUGGUGUCUAUAUACAAGAAGGGGAUUACUCUUAUCGGGGAUGGCAUUGACAAGACCAUCAUUACUGGGUCCGCCAGCUACUCGUCAGGCUACGAUAUCAUCACUUCUGCCACUAUCGGCGUAAACGGUAACAAUUUUGUCGCUAAGUACAUGACCAUUCGCAACACCGCUGGUCCCGCGGGACUACAAGCCGUUGCUCUGCGCCUGGACUCCGAUCAGGCUGCACUGUACCAGGUCAAGGUUACCGGAUACCAAGAUACACUCUUCUGCUCCACCGGCCGUCACUACAUCAAAAACUGCAUUAUCGAGGGCACUGUGGACUUUAUUUUUGGUUACGGCGCUGCGUUGGUGCAAUCGUCUACACUCAAUGCGCUUAAAUCUCCAACUUAUACGACGACGGUUUUGGCCUCGGGUUGUUACCAGUCUGGAGCGCUCUGUGGGCUUGUGGUGGUUGACAGUGAAGUGAAUGGUGACUAUGGCGAUGUGUACUUGGGUCGGCCGUGGAAGGAGUAUGCUACGAUGGUGUUUAUCAACACUGAACUGCCUGCGAAGAUGAACAAGAAUGGGUGGAUGCCGUGGAAAAUCUCUGAGACGUUUGGUGGGAAGCCGUUCUUGGCGGAGUAUGGCAGCAGGGGGAGUGGUGUCCAGUCAUCAAGAGUGUCCUGGGCGAGGCCUGGCGUGGUUUCUUCAUUAUCACAAGUCAGCAAGUACUCUCCCAAUAACUUCCUCUCACUGAACUCGUGGAUUGGGAAGACAGGAAUUCCAGUCAGCAGCGACCCUCUCAUCAGUCACAGCCACCUGAUCGCCGUCUCCCCCUUUCAACUCCCCUCUCCUGCGUUUGCAGCGUUCUGGGCCAGCUUCUUUGGCCCGAAUGACCCGUACACUCCAGCCUGCAUCAGCACCAACCUUCUACCCAGUCACAGCCAGCAGAUCAGUCAGCUGCGCAAUGCCACCCUGUCAUCCAUGGCAUCGUCAGCAUCACCAUCCGAUUUCACACCCUCCCAAGCUAACGCCUUCCAGAAUCCCACUGCCAAGCCAGACAGCCUACCACGCAGAGCACAGAAUGGUGAGGAGAGAGCGACAGGCACGGGAGGGAGUGCUGAGAGGAGAGUGAAGGGACGGAGGCAAGGCAGGGCAGGUGGGAGGGGGGAGAAAUGGGAGCAACGGAGGGAAGGCAGGGAGCAGAGUAGAGGGGAGGUGUGGCGUGCAGGCAUGCUGUUUUGGCCGGAGCUCCUCCUCUCUGUUGCUGCUUCUAUCUGCUGGGCGGGGCUGCUUAUGUGGGAGAUACUCUCCGCCUUUUCGGCCUUUUCGGCAGCAGGGCAUGUCCCUGCACCACCACAUGAGCUGGCAUACGCAGCAGGGCAGGCAGUCACGUACGCGCUGGCAGCAGGGGUUCUUCUGCUCUUCCAGAAAAGGCGAGAUGUGACUGUUGUUGGUUCGGCACGCGUGUGGCUGUUUCAGAACGCUGUGCUCACGCUGCUGCUCUCCAUGGUGAUUCUGCUACGGCUUUGGAGCAAGAGACAAGGGGGAAACGUUUGGGAAGGUUUUGGUUUGGUUUUUGGUUUGCGAUCUGGUUCGGGAUCUGGCUCGGGAUCUGGUUUGAGAUCUGGUUUGGGGGCUGGUAUGGGUUCCGGUGUGGGGUCGAGAGUCGGAGAUUGGAAGGAAGAGAAGUGUGCGGUGAUGUACGCGGGCCCGCUGCUGCUCUCACGUUUCGUGGACGUCGCUGCGGGCAAGCAGCGGUUUGAAGGCGAGGGCGUGGCGCUCGUGGCGCUGCUGCUGCUGGCCAAGGCCACAGAGACUGCUGUCGGGCAUCAGUACAACUUCCAGGCGCAGGCGCUGGGUCUGGACAUUCGAGCAGCACUAGUGGGAGCCCUGUAUGAGAAAGGCCUGCGGCUAUCAAGCAGGGCAAAGCAGCGGCACACAGUGGGCGAGGUGGUGAACUACAUGUCCACUGACGUGCAGCGCCUGGCAGACCUCAUGCUGCAGCUGCACAACGUGUGGGUGCUGCCGCUGCAGAUCAGCAUUGCGCUCGUCAUUCUCUUCCAGGUGGUGGGGGCGAGCAUGGUGGCGGGGCUGGCAGUGAUGGUGGCGGCGCUGCUGCUCAACCUCCUCAUAGCAGCCUCGCUGCGCGCCACAGUGGCGAGCAUCCUUAAAGCCAAGGACCGCCGCAUGAAGGCCACCUCUGAGGCGCUUUCCUCCAUGCAGGUCAUUAAGCUGUACGCCUGGCAGCCCUUCUUCGAGAAUCAAAUCAAAUCUCUGCGGGGCGCUGAGGCCGGCUGGCUCGCUAGGUACAUGGCGAUAGGGGCGGCGAACAUUUGUCUGCUGUGGCUGUCGCCUCUGGCCGUGUCAGUGGGAACCUUUGGUGCCAUGGUGCUCGUGGGUGUGUCGCUCACCCCGGGGGCUGUUUUCACUGCCAUCGCCACCUUCCGCAUCUUACAGGAGCCUCUACGGUCAUUCCCCUCAGUGGUGGCGGCUCUAGCCCAGGCCAUGGUGUCUCUCAAGCGAGUCACCACCUUCCUUCUAGAAGAGGAGAUUCAGGCCGACGCUGUUACCCGAGUGGAUGGGUGGAAGGGAGGGGCGGGGAUUCAGAGUGAUGUUGUGACGUCCAUGAAUGGCCCGAAGGAAGGGAAUGGUGUGUUUAGCUGGGAGGGGGUUGCUAGUAAGCCGACACUAUAUGGAAUCGAGUUGGAGAUUAAAAAGGGGAUGAGGGUGGCUGUGUGUGGAGCGGUGGGGGCGGGCAAGUCGAGCCUGCUGGCGUGCCUUCUAGGGGAGAUGCCCAAGAUGGGAGGCAAGGUCACCCUGGUGGGUCGUACGGCCUACGUGCCACAGUCCGCAUGGAUCCAGAAUCCCCCACCUCCGCACAUUCUGGCACGUCAGGUCACCCUGGUGGGUCGUACGGCCUACGUGCCACAGUCCGCAUGGAUCCAGAACGCCACCGUCCGCGACAACAUUCUGUUCGGGCAGCCCAUGGAUCGGGCGCGCUACAGGCGGGUGCUGCAGCAGUGCGCGCUACAGCCCGACCUGGCACUGCUGGCCCAUGGGGACGCCACGCAGAUAGGCGAGAGAGGGGUGAAUCUGAGCGGCGGGCAGAAGCAGCGGAUACAACUGGCCCGGGCCAUGUAUGCUGGGGGAGGGGGAACUGGGGAAGGGUCAACUGGGGGAGGGGGGAUGGCAGGAGACAUGGAAGAUGGAGAAGCAGGAGGAGAGCAGGGGGGGAGGGUGGAGGGGGGGAGGGCGGAGGGAGUCGGGGGUGUGGAGGAGGGGAAAAGAGGCAUGGAGGGAAAGGGAGGAGCGGAGGGAAAAGGAGGAGCGGAGUUGUUUUUGCUGGAUGAUCCGUUCAGUGCCGUUGAUGCUCACACUGGCUCGCAGCUCUUUACUGGAAGUUUGCUGAUUCACUCUGGUCUGCACUGCCACAGUACUACUACCUACCAAUGCCCCCCUAUCCGCGUGUAG